AAACCAUAAAAAGGCCCGCUCAAACCCAUACACAAUUCAAACUGUUUACUUCUCUCUCUAAAACACAUCAAACUCACACAUAUCCUAGAGAGAGAGAGCUUGAAAAAUGGCGACGAACAUAGGGAUGAUGGACGGUGCUUACUUCGUCGGUAGAUCCGAGAUCUUGUCGUGGAUCAACACUACUCUUCAGCUCAAUCUCUCCAAAGUCGAAGAGGCGUGUUCUGGUGCUGUGCACUGUCAAUUGAUGGAUGCGGUUCAUCCCGGGAUGGUGCCGAUGCAUAAGGUUAAUUUCGAUGCGAAGAGCGAGUACGAGAUGAUUCAGAAUUAUAAAGUGCUGCAGGAUAUCUUCAAUAAGCUCAAGAUUACCAAGCACAUUGAGGUGAGCAAGCUAGUGAAAGGAAGACCCUUGGAUAAUCUUGAAUUCAUGCAGUGGAUGAAGCGAUACUGUGAUUCUGUAAGCGGGGGAGACAAACUACACAGCUACAAUCCAUUAGAGAGAAGAGAGCCCAGCAAAGGAGGCAAAGAUGUUAGCAGGAAAUGUGCGCCAUCACAAGCUUCACAUAAGCCUGCAGGAGUAGCACCUAGAACUCAUAAUGCUCGUAAAACUGAGGCCCAUCAUACAAGUGUAGCUAAUCAAACAGCCAAGGUUUCUAAGCCUGCUGCAAAGGUUGAGCCUGAAUAUGAAAAACAGAUCACAGAAUUAAAGCUAUCAGUUGACGGUCUUGAGAAAGAAAGGGAUUUCUACUUUGCUAAGCUUAGGGAUAUUGAGAUCCUGUGUCAGUCUCCACAGAUAGAGAACUUACCUGUUGUUGAAGCAGUAUUAAAGAUUCUGUAUGCUGCAGACGAUGAUGCUUCGGUAGUGGAAGAAGCAAAGGCUAUACUGUGUCAGCAAAAGAAGCCACGUGAUAUCUUGAGUCCUAUAUCUGAGGUUGUAGAAGAUAAAGAGAACGUCGAUACUCUGAAGAGGAAGAGCAUUGUCAAUGUUGAUGUUGAUGCAGCAGCCACCAACAAAUCUUCUCCAAGGCAAAGAAUUUCUGAUGCUUCAGAUGUCAACUGCAGUCCAGCUCCUCUUAUCACUUUCUGAUGAUUAUCUUUGGUUAAGAAUGAAUAGCAUGGGCAAAUCUGGUCUGGAAGACAUCGCCAUGAUAUUCCCAGUAUAUGUUAAAAGUAGAUUACAGACCAUUGUUUUUGCGAUCCAUAUUCUACUGUGUUAAAAUACAUGAUCGUGAACCUCUACUAGUUAAACUUUUAUUUCACCUGGUUACUAAACUAAAUCAUGUUCUCGGUACCAAAAUAAGUACUGUUAAGGGCCUCCAGUUUUGAUUCUGACAUUGAAUAUCGAUAUAUUUUUUCAUAUAUUCUAUGCUUAUGUUUAUGAUA